AUGAAUAUUCCAAGUGAAUUUAAAUCAGUGACUGAUUAUGCUGUGAUUUGUGGAAAGAGAUGCUAAUUAUUUGAAAAUUUUCUAAGAGGUAGAAAAUUAAAGAAUUUUGAGGAUUGUUUAUGUAAUAUUUAUUAUAUACUAGAUACUUGUGCAGAACAUGUAAAAGAUAAUAUUGAUAAAUUAGAGGUUGACAAAUCAGAUGAAUGA